UUCUCUCUAGAGUGAAAUAAGCAGGAAAUCAUCUGGAUAAAGGGAAAGAUUAAUGAGGUGGGUGGACCUGAAAUGGAAGCCUCCACCCCGACCGCCUACCACUCCUCCCCGCCCCAACCAGGAGGUGAUUACUGGCUUCUAAACUGAAGUGGUGCCCAGGUUCCUACAACAGCAGGUGGCAUUCAGACAUCAGCAGAGGCUGUGCUCUUUUGCACAGGGACGGAGGAUCUCCAGACAUCUGAAAAGAAUUGGGAGUCCAGCCACUUUCAGGAGUGGCAAAAAGUUCAUGGAGCUGAAGAGUAUGACAGCCCCCAGAGCGGAGGGCUACAGUAACACUAGCUUCCAGAAUGAAGAUAACAUUCCUGAAAAACAGAACACAUCAGAAAACACCUCGAUGAGAAGUAGAGCUGUGCAAAGCAGAGAACACAUAAACCCCCACCAGGAUGAAGAGCAGGUCACCAUUGAGGAGGAUUCUCCAAGAAACAAAGAAGACACGGAAGAUGAUCAAGAGAGGCAUCAAAAAGGGUGUCUGGAAAGGAGGUAUGACACAGUGUAUGAUUUUUGUAGGAAACACAAGACCACCCUUCGGUACACCAUCUGGGGCAUCUUAUUAGUAGGUUACCUGGUUAUGGUGAUGGCAGCUUGUGUGCUCAACUUUCGAAGGGCGCUUCCCCUUCUCCUGAUCACCGUGGCUGUCACCUUCUUUGUGGUCUGGGAUCACUUUAUGGCCAAAUAUGAGCAGCGAGUGGAUGAGUGCCUGGCUCCUGGCAGAAGGCUUCUGAACAGCCAUUGGUUCUGGCUAAAGUGGGUGAUCUGGAGCUUGCUCAUCCUGGGAGUUUUUUUCUGGCUGAUCUUCGACACGGCCAAAUUGGGCCGACAGCAUCUGGUGUCCUUUGGUGGGCUCAUAAUGUACAUUUUCCUGAUAUUUCUAUUUUCUAAGCACCCAACUAAAGUUUACUGGAGACCUGUCUUUUGGGGAAUCGGGUUGCAGUUUUUUCUUGGGCUUUUAAUACUCAGGACUGACCCUGGAUUUAUGACUUUUGACUGGUUGGGCAACCAAGUUCAGACUUUCUUGGGGUACACUGAUGCUGGCGCUUCAUUUGUUUUCGGUGAGAAAUACACAGACCACUUCUUUGCAUUUAAGGUCCUGCCGAUGGUGAUUUUCUUCAGCACUGUAAUGUCCAUGCUCUACUACCUUGGGCUGAUGCAGUGGAUCAUUAGAAAGGUUGGAUGGCUGAUGCUAGUGACUAUGGGAUCAUCUCCUAUUGAAUCUGUAGUUGCUGCUGGCAAUAUAUUCGUCGGAAUGACAGAGUCUCCACUGCUGGUCCGGCCAUACUUACCACACAUUACCAAGUCUGAGCUCCAUGCAGUCAUGACCGCUGGGUUUGCUACUAUAGCCGGAAGUGUCUUAGGCGCAUACAUUUCUUUUGGGGUCUCUUCUUCCCACCUGUUAACUGCCUCUGUAAUGUCAGCCCCCGCAUCACUGGCUGUGGCUAAACUCUUUUGGCCUGAGACUGAAACACCUAAAAUAACCCUCAAGAAUGCCAUGAAAAUGGAAAGUGGUGAUUCGAGGAAUCUCCUAGAAGCUGCAUCGCAGGGAGCAUCCUCAUCCAUCUCCCUGGUGGCAAACAUCGCUGUGAAUCUGAUUGCCUUCCUGGCCCUGUUGUCUUUUGUGAAUUCAGCCCUGUCUUGGUUUGGAAACAUGUUUGACUACCCACAACUGAGUUUUGAGAUAAUAUGCUCCUACAUCUUCAUGCCCUUUUCCUUCAUGAUGGGGGUGGACUGGGAAGACAGCUUCAUGGUUGCCAGACUCAUAGGUUAUAAGACAUUCUUCAAUGAAUUUGUGGCUUAUGAGCACCUCUCAAAAUUAAUCAACCUAAGGAAAGAGGCUGGGCCCAAAUUUGUGAAUGGUGUGCAGCAAUAUAUGUCGAUUCGUUCCGAGACAAUUGCCACUUACGCUCUCUGUGGCUUUGCCAAUUUUGGCUCCCUAGGAAUAGUGAUCGGUGGACUCUCAUCCAUGGCUCCCUCCAGAAAGAGGGACAUUGCCUCCGGGUCAUUGAGAGCUCUGAUUGCAGGGACCAUCGCCUGCUUCAUGACAGCUUGCAUCGCAGGCAUACUCUCCCACAAUCCUGUAGACAUUGAUUGCCAUCACGUUUUAGAGAAUGCCCUCAACUCCAGUUUACCUAGAAACAUGACUAAUGUGGUAUCUUGUUGCCAAAGCCUAUUGAACAGGGAUAGAAGCCAAACAAAUGCAGAAGCCAAACAGGAUUUCAGAGUCAAAACUAAUCCUCUGGUGCCUCUGUCCUUAACUGACAUGAACCAGAAUGUGAGUGAGGAAAUCCACUUCCUGCCCCAUGUUAUUUUGAAUGUCCCAUGUUCUGCUCAUGUACUGUUUCCAUUUUCUUUUCUAAGUCUCAGCUAACUUGUUUCAUCCCACUUGCCCUCAGCACUGUCACCACAGAUCCCAGUGAGGUCAUCCCAGGAGGAAACCACAGCCUGUAUUCUUUGAAGGGAUGCUGCAAAUUGUUGAACCCAUCGACAGUGAACUGCAGUUGGAUCUCUAAUGCUUUUUGAGUUCAGCUACUUCUCCAACAGAACUCUAAAUGCAGGUGCUAAUUUUCUGCUUUGGGGAGAAAAAAAAGAAACUAUUCUCCACAAAUUGAUACUUCGAUCAUGGAAUCAGCUUUAAUUGGAAAGAAGAAAAAUUCAUUAUCUACAGCAUCUUCCUCCUCCCUGUCCUCUCCUUUCCAACCCUUUUCCUACUAAGAACUAGUAGGUUGUCUCAAAAUGAGGUAUUGUCUCCAGUCCCCAAAGAGUUUUCUAACUUCAGAAUUUCAGGACAUUUUACCAGAAUACAGGUAUAAGUGAUGAUUCGCAACAACUGGGCUGUGAUUCAGCCACAUCCAGUUAGUGUGAGUCUCUAAAACUCAGAAUGACUCCUUUAAAAAACAUCUCAGCUAAGGUCACUCUGUAUUCACCCUGGCUGACCUGAAAUAGCUUAAAUUUGAAUCUCUUCUGGAAACGACCAGUCAUCAAUCAUCCAUUCAUGACCUACCCUGAGGAAGUCCUGUAGAAAUUAGGAGCCCUUUGGAAGAGCUUUAGACCAUUCCAAAACAAGGUUCAAAAUCCUACAUGCUAAGAUUUAUACCAGUCACUUUAAACUAAACUAUGCUGCAGUAACAAGUAAGCCAAAAACCUUCAUGGGGAUGGAUGGCUUACAAGUCUAUUUUUCACUCUUAUUGUAUGCUUAUUGGGGGUCAGUUUUGGCUACAUGCCAUGCUGUGUUCAUUUCCAGGACCCAGGCUAAAGGAGCAGCCACUGUGUGGGGCACGUUAUUUUUAUGGCAGAGGGAAAAGAAAGCUGGGGACCACAUGUGGCUCUUGGAACUUCUGCUAGGAAGCGAGACCCUGCACUUGCACUGCAUCCCAUUAUCCAAAGCCGGUCAGUGAUAAGCAUAUUGUCAAUGGCUAUGGAAAAAUUAUCCUGUUGUAGGAAGGGAUAGUGAGUAUUUUGAAGAAAUAAUAUACCAUAUCGGUGCAUGAUAUCCAAGUCUCUCUUCAAGGAGUCAGUGUAUCAUAGGGCAUAACUGUAAAACUAUUCACGUGCAAAUUUGUUCAUGUUCCUGGUGACUACACUGGAAAAUGGCACCACUCUUGUCAAAAAGCUAUGUAAGGAUCAUUUGAGCAACAAAAAUAGAUCCUGGAUGAGAUCUGAAGCCCUUCCAUUGAUGAGGAAAGCAUCAACAAACUUGCUUAAUGGGUAUCAAACAAGAACUUCAAUGGGUUCUGAGAACAAACAAGAACUGUAUUGGGUUGCUCUUCAAUGAAAUGCUCAUCACCAAUGUUCUUAAUAGUAUAGAGACCACAUUGUGUAAGAAAAACACAAACACCAAUGACUGAAUCAAAAGGUGACUCACAAGAAAGAAAAAAUGUGAAAAGAUUUUGGAAUACCUUAAGUAAUUUAUUUUAUUUAUGUUUUCCUUUUUUGUUCAUGCAAAAGAGUAUUUUUUUUAAUCCACAUGUAAAUAGCUGAUUUUUGUGUCUGUGUGAUGAUAAUGGUGGUGAAGGUGGGAGCUAAAUGCCCAAAGAAUUCUUAUCUCUGAAGUACAAUACACUAGGCUAUUUCUAAUUAUU